CGUCAUUAAUUCGUACCAUGGUGCGUUUUUCAGGGAUCCGUGGCAGUGCCGCAAAUCUGACCCUUUAAAUCCCUGUAGAUAUCCUGUUACUUUCAGAAAAUUGCUUUGCUGUCAUCACCCCUAUUAAAUAGUAACUUUCAAGUAGUCUCCACGUGUUUUUUAAUUCCCUCGAAAAUUCUUACCAGUAAAAAUUAGGGCAUGGUUUAGGGAAACAUAUUAUCUUUUUAAAGUUAAGUUUUUCAUACGAAUUAAAUUACGAACCAACAAAAAUGUCAGCGAGCUCUCUUAAUUAUUAGUUAUAUAAGUUUCGUUAUCUACGUGGUGAUAACGUAUGAUAUAAAAACAUUUAAGUAUUCAAUGUACACUAAUAUAAAAAUAAACAAUUCGGGCUCUAAUAUAAAAAUAAACAAUUCUCUGAUAAGGUGCAGUAUAUUACAACUAUUUUUGGUAAUCAGUGCUAUUUGUUGCUUGUUGAGAGUUGUCAGAAUUCUUUAGAGAAAUGUCUUUUGAAAAUAAAGUUGUGCUUAUAACUGGUGCUGGAUCGGGAAUUGGCAAAGGUAUCGCACUAAAUUUUGCAAAAUUAAGCGCAAAGUUGUCAUUACUAGACAUAAACCAUGAAAAUUUGAAAAAUACAACAAAGAGUUGCAAAGAACUGAGCAAAACUAAAGCUGUUAACUUUGUACUCGACAUGACAAACGACGCAAAUGUGAAAGAAGCAAUUGAAAAAACCAUUGAAGAAUUUGGAAAAAUCGACAUCGUUGUAAAUUGCGCUGGCGUUCUAUCCAUAGGAGGUAUAAUAGAAGAGAGCUUUAUACAGGACUUCGAUAAAGUUAUGAAUGUCAAUCUCAGAUCUUACGCAGUAAUGACACACUACGCUGUCCCAGCAUUAAUCAAAAGUAAAGGAUGCAUUAUAAAUAUAGCAAGCAUAUGUGCUACGUUGGUUGAUAAGAAAGUUAUACCAUACAAUACUUCGAAGGCAGCUGUUGUGCAAUUCACCAGGAAUGUCGCUUUAGAGUUAGCAGAACUAGGAGUUAGGGUCAAUUCUAUUUCUCCGGGAUUGGUCAAAUCAAGUCUUUUAGAAAGUAAUGCGAGUCAAGAAGCUAUAGACAGAAUAAAAACGAAGAAAGCACCACUCAAACAUGUUCUAGAGGCUGACGAAAUCGCCGAUAUGGUCGCUUAUUUGGCUAGCGAUAAAGCCUUAAGCAUAACUGGAGCCGACUUUGUUGUUGAUUCCGGUUAUACUCUAUUGGGAUCGUUACUAGAAGAAGUCUAGAACUGCUGUAAUAUAAUUAGUAAUCCCUUUCUUUUGAUUUAUUGGAGAUGAAAAGAAAAAUCACCACCAUUUCCUCACCACCAAUAAACCGUAUAGACUAUACUAUGUAAUAUAAUAGGAACGAGUGAGUGAACAUUUUUGUUUUAAAUGAAUAAAAUAAUAUAAGGUAAACAAUAAA